UCGAUAACAGAACAGCUGAUUUGCCCUGCUGAGUGGCCAAGAAAUAAUUGUUGCUCCUCCUUGGCUGUGCUCGCUACUUUCUUUGCCUGCCCGACCAAAUGGCCGCUGGCGCCACAUCGUUAACCAAAUCGGAGACGCGUCGCCUAUGCGCCAUCACUUUCUUUGCCCGGCUGCAUCCGGGCGAUGUGUGCGGCAGCAAUGGUCUGCCCCUCACACCCAAUUCGAUUGCAAUUUUAGGGCGUUCCCAGCGGCUUAAGGAGCUGCAGCAUGAGCAUUUGUGCCAGUAUUUGGAUGUGGUGCGCGGCAAGCAUGAGCGCACCAUUGUCGUCUCGGAAUAUGUGGGCUGCACACUGGAGGAUUAUGUGAAGCGGCACUCACAGACCCCAAUCAAACAGACACAUAUACUGCGCAUAUUCCAUCAGGUGGCCAGCGGGCUGGCUGUGUUGCAUGCCCAGAGGCUGGUCGUGCACAAUCUGGAGCCGCGUCACAUACUCGUGGAGGGCAGCAAAGAUGCUGUGCAGGUGAAGCUCUUCAACUAUGGCAUGCAUCAUAUGACCAAGGGCGGCGCCUAUGUGCCCUUUCCCAUUGGCAAUGUGCGCUAUAUGUCGCCGGAGCGUCUGCUCGGCGUCAAUGGCAACAUCAAGAGCGAUGUCUGGGCCUGGGCGAUGCUCUUGCUGGAGCAGCUACUGCAAACGGAGCUGUGGCCCAAGCUGAAGCUGAGCAACAUUGCCUGGAAGGUGUUGGCCUUUGCGCGCAAUACCAAAGUCAGCGUUGUGGAGAAGAUCGCACGUGAGCAUCAGCGCCUGGAGCUGUACCAGCAGCUGCCGCUGGAGGUGCGCGAGCUGCUCGAGCGUUGUCUGAGUGUGCUGCCCGCCCAGCGUCCACUGCCCGCCGAGUUGCUACAGCAUCCAUGCUUUGCCCAGCUGAGCCAGGCGCCGGCAGUGCGACCGGAUGCAUCGGCAGAGCCUGUGCCGCUGCUGCUGCGCUGCCCCCUGACGCAGAUCUAUCACCUCUGGCAGCUAGCCGGCGGCGACGUGCAGGCGGAGCUGAAAAAGGAGGGUCUCAUACGCAGCGAGGCGCCUAUUCUGGCGCUGCCCCAAAUUGUGCGACUCAGCGGUGCCAGCGUCUGCCCGCCGCGCAGUCAAUCCUAUUUGAUGGACGACCGUGUGGUGCUGCUGAAACUACAGCCACUGCUCCAGCGGCUCAGUCGCUUGCCAGCCUCCGUCUACUUUCCGCUGCUGCAUAUGCCGCGCCAACAGCAGCAGCAGCAGCAGCAACAACAACAGCAGCAGGAACAGCAGCAGCAGCUGCCUCUGCUGAUAAGGGAACGUGAUAUUGAAUAUCAAUUUCGUCGCGUGCGUCUCUUCACACGCCUACUCCACGGCUAUCCGCACACAGCGGAGCAGCUGCAGCGCGAAGCAGCCAUUGAUAUACCGCCGCUGCUGCGCGGUCCCAUUUGGGCAGCUCUGCUGGGCGUUCUGCCCAAUGCGAGCUACGCGAAAAUUGAUAAGUUCACAGCGACCAGCACGGAUCGCCAGAUCGAGGUUGAUAUACCGCGGUGUCAUCAAUACGAUGAGCUGCUCUCCUCGCCGGACGGACAUCGCAAGCUGAAGCGUCUGCUCAAGGCCUGGGUGACGGCCCAUCCACAGUACGUCUACUGGCAGGGACUCGACUCGCUGACUGCGCCAUUUCUCUAUCUCAACUUUAACAAUGAAGAAAUGGCAUUCCUGAGUCUGUUCCGCUUUAUACCCAAGUAUCUGCAGUGGUUCUUUCUGAAGGACAACUCGGCUAUCAUUAAGGAGUAUCUCUGUAAAUUCUCUCAGCUGAGCGCAUUCCAUGAGCCGCUGCUGGCACAGCAUUUGGCCAGCAUCAACUUUAUACCCGAGCUGUUUGCCAUUCCCUGGUUUCUCACCAUGUUCUCGCAUGUUUUUCCGCUGCACAAGAUUCUGCAUCUGUGGGACAAGCUGAUGCUGGGCGACAGCUCCUAUCCGCUCUUCAUUGGCGUUGCCAUAUUGAAGCAACUGAAGAGUACAUUGCUCAACUCUGGCUUCAAUGAGUGCAUCCUGCUCUUCUCCGACCUGCCCGACAUUGUGAUGGAGAGCUGUGUGAUUGAGUCCCAAAAGAUGUACGAGUGUACGCCGAAGAGCAUAACCCAUCGGCAGCAUGCGCUGCGCGUACAGACGCCACAUGUUCUGGACAUUGGCGCCGGGGAGGUGGAGCUGCAGCAUUUGCAGUCUGAGCUGUGUCCGCGCAUCAGCGCCAAGGAUGUGCAUCAGCUGCUGCUGCACGCACCAGAACAAUUGGCCCUGAUCGAUUUGCGUAGCGUUGUCGAAUUCGGCCAUGUCCAUGUACCACAUUCAAUCAAUAUACCCUUUGCUACCGUACAGCUGGGGGAGCAGCGCCUGGAGGCGUUGCAGGUGCCCCAACUCGAGGUGCAGCUAAGACAACGCAUUGUCGUCUGUGUGAGCAACAUACAUCAGCAUGCCGUGGAGUUCUCGCAAUUUUUGGUCGCCUGCGGCGUCCUACGCACCUGCAUUCUACACAAGGGCUUCAAUGUCCUACACUCAAUUGAGCCAAAUAUACUCAUCUCGAAUUGAUCGGGCUAUACUAUACUAUAUCCAACCUAUUGUGCUAUUUUAUAAUACU